CCUCUGACCUCUGACACAUACAGGAAAUGGAAAGCUGCAAGACCCGGAGAGAAAUACAUUUCAGUGAUUCUUCAAUUUGAAAAGGAAGAGCAGAUUCACAGUGUCAACAUUGGAAAUGAAGGCUCUGCUUUCAUUGAGGUCCUUGUGGGUCACUCCACAUCAGUGAAAGAUCAGGAUUUUGAGGUUUUGUUGGUCGCCUCGUCCUUCAUGUCACCUACAGAGAGUCGAAACGGCACAAACACAAACAGAGUUCGAUUCUUCAGUCAAAACCAGCUGGUGAAGGCCACAGCGCAGGAGAAAUGGGACUGUGUGAAGACUGUGUGCACGCAGCCUUACAGCAAGACUAUAGGAAGUUUGAGUUCAGUAAAGAGCGUCCGGAUGCUGCGGGUCCUCCAGCCCAAAAAGCCCAGUUCCUCCAGCUCCACUGAACCAAACAAGAACCAGCACAACUCCAACAUCCAGCACCAACGCUGUGCAUUUGCCAACACGCCCAAGUACAGUCAGGUGAAAGCUGCCAGAGGCGUCAUUGUCAGGAAAGAGUGGGUGCUGGACUGCCACAAACGAAAAGAGAAGAUUUCAUACAAACGAGUAUUUGUCGUGACGAGCGACAGUACACUCUAUCGAUCACUUGUUUUCUAUUUUCGGCAUCAUGCGGCAGAUGACAAGUCUGGUAUGGACACUGAAGAUGAGCUAAACAGAGUGGAGAUGGAGAACAGGAGGAAAAAAGGAACAAAGGAAAGUGUCGUCGACAUGAAAGAUGAAGAUCAGUAUGGCGGCUCUACUGAUGAGAACACAGAUGCUGAGGAAGAGGAGGAUAAACCCAUCCCUGAACUGCCAGACUUUUUAACAGGAAAAUGCUUCUAUCUCUACGGCAAGUUCCCUGACAACCAGAAAAGGCAACUUCAGCACUACUUUAAUGGGGCUGUUGAAGACUACGUGAGCGAGAAGGUCCAGUUUGUCGUCACCAGUCAAGGAUGGAACGAAUCAUUUGAGGAUGUUUUGAUGAAAAAUGGAAAUCUGAGCUUUGUGAUGCCGUCGUGGAUAUGCAUCAAUGACCGGCAGAAGAUGUUGCUAUAUCAGCCCUACACUGUUGUUCCUUGAGAGAGCUUUUUCAGUCACAUGAUUUCUUGCUUUUUGAGAGCAAACCGAUCGAUUGUAGCCUUGAGGUGAGCAGAGCUGAGACGUCUUACUGGAAAAGUUCAGCCACGAAUGAGAAUUCUGUCAUUAUUUACUCACCAUCAUAUCAUUCAAAACCUCCAAGACUUCCUUUCUUACUUGGAACUCAAAAAGAGAUGCUCUUUUCCAUAAGAUGGACAUUUUCAGUCUCCAAAUAGGACAAAAAGCAACAUAAAAGUAGCCCAUAUGACUUGUAGGCUAUACUUAAAGUCUUCUGAAGUCACACAAUAGCUUUUUAUGAGGAACAGACCUAAAUUUAAGUCGUCAAUAACUGAAAAUCUUACCGUCUACUAUGCUUCUUUUUUUUUUUUUUUUUUUACCGAAUUAAUCUCCAUCCACUUUCAUUAUAUGGUAAAAAGCAGACGUUUCCUUUUGUUUUUCACUGAAGAAAGAAAGUCGUGCAGGUUUGGAAUUAGGGAACGUAAAUCAUGACAGUAUGUAAAUUUUUGCGUUCAUUUUGACGUUGAGAAACAGCAGAAUCGAGUCCAAAGCACAGAGAUGAAAGACGCUUUGAUCCACAUUCAUUAACUCAAUCAGAAAGUGUUUUCAUCAAACUGUUAAUCAAGCUUUUAAAUAUUGAUUAGUAAACACUGAACCAGAAGCCCCUUUUGGAUCUGACUUCAGUCAUUAAAUAUGUAUUUUCACACAUUGUCAAUGAUUGAUUAGCAGAUCCAUAUUUUUAUUGGUACCGCUUAACCCUCAGCCGGAUAGGAGUGUUUUAGCAUCUGUAUGUGUGGUCUUUAUUAUUAAUAUUUGAUGAAUAUUCAAAAGAAUGCAUUAUUUAAAACAGUCUCAGGAAGCACCUGAAAUAAAUAAUGCUGUAAAAUGAGUUAGCUGCUUGUGAUGGGUAAACUAUCAUCGUUUUAUCUUUUUUUUUUAAAGUAGUCUAUUUUCUUGAAUGUCCUGAAAGUAUUUAAUAUCUUAUUGGAGAUGUUAUGCCCGUCGUUUGAAAUCUCUUUAUCGUGUGUUUCAGUGUUUAUGUAUUUGGUUUGUUUUCCCUUUUAAUGUCAUUAUUUGUUUGAUGUUCUGGUUUGAAGCGUUUCAUAAUAAAGGUUUGAAAAUACUUGCAUAUCCUGUUUAUGAAAUUAAGGUAAAUCGAGGUUUAUAUUGUGAAACCUUUGCAGUUUUAAUGAACACUUGCUCAAAACUCUAAUGCAAGAUUCCUAAAAUCAUGGAAAACCUGGAAAUAUCAGUGAAUUUGUUAAAAUUGUGCUUUCCAGGCCUUGGAAAACUCACGGAAAUGAGUGAUGUUUAAAAAAGUCAAUUUCUAUAGAGAAUACAGUGCUGUGAAAAAGUAUUUGCUGAUUUCUUCUGUUUUUGUGUAUAACUCAUUCUAAAUUGUUUCAAAACUUCAAAUAAAAUCUAACA